GUAGCUGAAACGAUUGCGCAUGUGCAGUUGAAGCCUAAAGCUUUUCUUUUCUUCUUCGCGUGUUAUCUGGGAAAUUUUUUCGCCAUGGAGGCUAAUGGGGAGGAGGAAAACAGAAGCCUCUACGUUGGCAACUUGGAUCCUUCAUGCACAGAAGAACUUAUCCACUCUAUAUUUAACGGCGUAGCUUCAGUCUCAAGAUGUAAGAUGAUCAACUCGACAACUGGGAAAGACCCUUAUUGUUUUGUAGAAUUCCAUACUAAUUCUGAUGCAGCAAAAGCUUUAUAUCAAAUGGAUAGACGAUUUAUAAUGGGAAAGAAUAUAAAAGUGAAUUGGGCUACUAACAACCAGGGCAUGAAGAGAGGAGAGACAAAUAACCAUCACCACAUUUUUGUGGGAGAUCUUGCCGAAGAUAUAGAUGAUACUACCUUACGAAAGGCAUUCCAACCUUUUGGGGACAUAUCUGAAGUGCGUGUCGUGAAGGACCCAGCAAAUAAAAACAAGUCAAAAGGAUUUGGAUUUGUUGCAUUUGUCAGAAAAGAUGACGCUGCAAAGGCAAUUGCUGAUAUGAAUGGUACAGAAAUCAAGGGUAAAAUAAUUAGGACAAACUGGGCAUCAAGAAAAAACCAUCCUAUACAGAGCAAACCUCUGAAUUGGGAAGAAGUAUUUCAUAAGUCAUCUCAGUUGAACACGACAAUUUAUGUUGGAAAUCUACCACCAGAUGUUAAAGAUUAUGAUCUACAGCAGUUGUUCUCACAGUAUGGUAAUAUAGUGGAGAUAAAGUUAUUUGCUGAUAAGGGAUAUGCAUUUAUAAAGUUUAACACCCAUAAUGAGGCAACCAGUGGAAUAGUAGGAACACAUAAUCAAACUACAUUAGGAGAUCCCAACAAUCCUUACUUGCUUAGGUGUUCGUGGGGAAAAGAGACACCAGAAAUGGUAAACUUCCAGCAGGCUGCAGCUUGGCAGCACCAGUAUUAUGCACCAUUCUACUACCAACAAACCCAGCAACAACAGCAACAACAGAUGCAACCCACACAACAGCAGCAACCACAACAGCCUUAUGUGCAAUAUCCUCAGUAUGCAAUGUAUUAUCACAAUGGGGCCACCUAUCCUACUGGCCAACAGGGUAUGGCGAUGUAUCCUGUACAGAAUUACCAAGCAGCUCAGAUGUCUACUUCCCCCUCUUCAGCCAUUCAAACUCCGAACCAGUCACCACAAGUGAUUGGUAUGCAAGCCAGUGGAAUGCUGACUCCCCAAGGUGGCCCUACACCAUCAUAUGCCAUGCAGCCGGCUGCUGGCUAUCAUGCUCAGUAAACACUGAGCUUAGACUCUCAGUUAAUGAUGCUCAACACAUGAUGAUGAUUUCAAAUGAUGCUCUUUCUCAAUGCUCUUUGCUACUUCUCUGAUCACUCGACCUAUCUGCAUCUUGAUCUAACUGCAUCUUUCUAGCAGUAAUAGAGGUAUCAUUUUGUAUUCCACUUAGGAUAUUGUAAUUCCAACAAAACCAUUGUAUCCAAUGUGGGCUAUCUUUUCUCACCUAUAUGUUAACAUUAUCAUGAAAAAAUGGUGGCAAAUCACCUGUUAAUCACUUUCUAGUGUUAGUUAGCUGUAAGCGGCUGGUCAUAAAGAUAGUAAGGCCAGCUGUUGUAGUAGUCGAUUCUAUCAGAAGAAGUAGUAAACAUGUGAAGAUAUAAUGAAUUAAAAAAACUGUUAAUCAGCGAUGGAAAAACAAACAAAAAAAAACAAGCCAAAAGAAUGAAACCCUGUCAAAAGCUAGGACUAAAAUAGGCCAAAAUGCUUGGGAAAAAUGGACGAAAAUGUAGCAAUAAUAACAUAAAUACUAGACAAGAGUACAAAUACAAGCUAUGAUUAUAUUGCUGAACCCUUUAAUGUUGAAAAAGUAGUUUUAAUGUCCGAAUAUCUGCGUAUUAUGUGGCCGCAAUUUUCACAGCCAACAAAUAGUUUAGUACAAAAAUUAAAGCAAUUUUGGCCGCUAUGUACAGUUUCACAAAAUGCUAACGUCUAUAUUUUAUAUUUAUUGUACGCCAUGGUUUGUCAUGGCUGCCAUUUCUCUAUAAAUCUGUCCUCCAAAGUCGUCUAUUUUUCACCUGUAAGUUCUUCAUUGUGGAUUUUCUAGUAUUUAUGAACUAAAAUGAGAACUUUUUCAACAGAAAAUGGUUCUGAAAGUCAUCGUUUUCACUGACACAUUCAUUGUGUUCUUUUGUAUGUGUUGUUCCUCACUUGUUGUGUGUGUGUGUGUUCUAGUCGUCAGUCAGUGUCAGUCGUGUAUUAAUAGUUUUGAUAGGAGGCAGUGAGAUGACAAGUCUCUUGUAAGUGUAUGUAAAUAUYCCAUCUGCAUAGUAACGAUGCCAUUUGUAUACAGCCAUCAACUAUUAGAACCACAGCUAGUUUGUGUUUGCAGUGCUGCAGAAAAAAAAGGGAAUAAAACAAUGGAAUUUU